AUGCCAAUUGGAGGUCGAUUUGGUGUCCAGAGGGCGUUGUUGAUCGGCAUUAACUAUUAUGGCUCCAAAUGUGAGCUUUCGGGCUGUAUUCCUGAUGUUUAUAACAUGAAGAGAUUACUGGUCGAGACUUAUCAUUGGAAUCCUAAUGAUAUCAAACUCCUCACUGAUGAUGGACAAACUGAAAGACCAACACGAGAGAAUAUAGUCCGAUAUAUGCAUUGGUUGGUCAGAGAUGCCAAGCCUGGUGAUAUCUUCUUCUUUCAUUACUCUGGUCAUGGAGCCCAACAGGCGGAUCCGUUGCACCUGGAAGAAGAUGGGAUGAACGAGACUAUCAUACCUGUUGAUGUACAAAAAGCAGGUCAAAUUACCGAUGAUGUUAUACAUGAGGCGUUGGUGGAUCCCCUUCCAAGUGGAGCAAGGCUGACAAGUGUGAUGGACUCUUGUCAUUCAGGAACAGGUAUGGAUUUACCUUACACGUGGUUGAAUGGUACCGGCUGGAAAGAAGAUGUGAAUCCAUGGCAUUCCAGAGGAGAUGUGCAACUAUUUAGUGGAUGCGACGAUAGUCAGACGUCUGCUGAUGCAUCGGUGGGCAAUCUAAAGGGUGGUGCCAUGACAACAGCAUUCUGUAACUAUGAUAUCGAGUUCAUUACGUAUCUCAGAAAAUAUACUACUGUUGAAUCUUCCUCUGAUCAGGUGGGUUCCUCUGGACUGCUGUCCAAGUAUGGUUCAACCCCCGUUCUCAGACCCUUCAGUUUGACUGAUAUUCUACCCAACCAAAACCAGAAGGUCGGCCGCAUAGUUCACAAGACUUUCAAGGCUAAGCCCAACAAGAGCAGGAACGUCGCCUUGAACGCUCUCGUUGCAGGAGGGGCCGGUCUCGUCGGUGGUCUCCUCAUUGGUGAUGCAAUAGGCCACGCUGAAGACAGACAUCGACGCCCCGUCGUAGUAGAGCCCCGUCGCAGACCUGUUGUAAUAGAGCCUCGACGUAGACCUGUGGUGGUGGAGCCCCGCCGCCAUCCUGGGCCGGUCAUUGUUGAGGGUCCAAGAGGCCCCUUUGGUGGUAGAGGCAAGGGUAAGGGCUUCAGGUGGUAG